AUGGUCCAUACCGAAGGCAAUGCGCUGCUGAAGGCCGUCUGGCAAGGCAAAUUCCGGCUUACCCGCUUGUUGCUAGAGGGAGGGGCCUACAUCAACGAGGGCAACACCCAGGGAGAGACCCCCCUCAUUGCUGCCUGUAUAGCCCCCUACGAGGAUCCUCAGAACAAGCCCCGCAUGGUGAGGUACCUCCUGGAGAAUGGGGCCGACCCAAACAUCCCUGACAAGACGGGGAAGUCCGCACUGAUGCACGCCUGUGCUGACGGUGCCGGAGCUAAGGUAGCCACCAUCUUGCUAGAUCAUGGGGCAGAUCCCAGUGCCAAAGAUUACUCAGGGGCAUCAGCUUUGGUUUACGCCAUCAAUAAGGGGGACCGGGCAACCUUGCAGGUACUCCUGGAUGCCUGUAAGGCCAAGGGGAAGGAAGUCAUCAUCAUCACCACAGAUACGUCCCCCUCGGGGACCAAGAAGACCAAGCAGUACCUGAAUUCGCCACCAUCACCCGGUAUCGAAGAUAAGCAUUCGCCUGCUCUGUGUAUGUCACCCUCAGACAUCGAGGUGAGGACCGCCCAGUCCCCGGGAGGCAGCGAGAAGGAAGAGGAGCGAGACGUUUUCAACUUCACCAUGGGAACCAGACUCACCUGUAACCCCAUCCCACAUGGCAAAGGGAAGGAAGGCGAGGAAAAGGCCUCAGCACUCCCACCCAAAGGCAGGCCCAAGCAGCUGAAGAGGCUGAACUCAGAACCAUGGGGCUUGGUGGCACCCUCUGUUUUGGCUCAUCAGGAAAAGGCUCGGACCCCAGACGAAAGGAUGGUGGCGGAGAUGAACGGGCUGAGCCUCUCCAAGAGGCCACCGUUGUCUCGGAGGCACAGCAUGGAAGGCCAAGACCUGGAAGCAGCAUGGGCAGAAAAAGUCCAUUUCAGCCACCUCCACCAACCUCUCUCUCGGCGCAACACGGCUCCUGAAAACCAAGAAGGUGGCCCGGGUCCAGGUGCACGGGGUGCGGCCCACCACAAGCUGAACUGCAUGGAGCAUUAUGAAUCCGAUUCCCUCUGCCCGGACUCCAUCCCUGGCUCACCGGAUUCAGGCCGUGUUUCCGCGGAGAGGAGGAAGUACAAUGCCUCCCCGCUGACUCUGCCGGCCAGUUCGUCACGGGAGAGUUUGGAAAGCAUCCCCAGUGCCGUCUCCCCCAACAUGAUAAGACGCAGGACCCCAGGCCUCCUGGAGAGAAGGGGCUCUGGGACCCUGCUGCUGGAUCACAUUGCUCACACCCGUCCCGGCUUCCUGCCCCCUCUCAACUUCAACCCCCACCCACCCCUCCGUGACAUCCGGCCCAAUGGCAAGCCUCCCUCGCCAGUCCACAAGGGGUUGGUUCCAGUAGCCCCCACUUCCCCGAAGGCCAAGCGGCUUCUGAGGAGGCACUCGAUGCAACCGGAACAGAUGAAGCAGCUGGUCAGUUUCCAGAGCCUGAUCACACACGGGGACUCUGUGGCCAGUUAA